UUACAGACAAAACAAAGAAGUAUUGAAUGUUAGUUACUCUGCAAGCGAGUCCUACUGUUUCUUUGUAGAAUACCCCUCACAUCCAUUUUAGAGAGACAGAGAGGAGAGAGAUGGAAGGGGGUGAUGAUGAUGAUGAUAAGGGUAUUGUAUGUGUAACAGGUGGUACUGGGUAUGUUGGAUCAUGGUUGAUCAUGAGGCUUCUUCAACAUGGUUAUACAGUUAGGACUACCAUUAGAUCUUACCCUGACAGCAAUAAAGACAUUAGCUACCUAACAAACCUACCGGGCGCAUCAGAAAAGCUCCAAAUCUUCAAUGCUGACCUCAACCAUCCCGAGACUUUUGCCGGUGUCAUUAGAGGAUGCACCGGAGUCUUCCAUGUUGCUCACCCUGUUACUUUCGAAGAGAAUGUACCCGAGGAAGUCACGAAUGAGAGAGCAAUCAAUGCAACCUUAGGCAUUCUACAAGCCUGUGUAAAUUCAAAGACGGUGAAGCGAGUUGUGUACACUUCUAGUGCAUUCACUGUGUUGUACAAUGACAAGAAUUUAGGCAUGAUUGAUGAGAGUCACUGGACUGAUAUAGAUUAUGUUAGAGCACAAAAGCCCUUUGGAGCUUCAUACAUAAUUUCCAAGACAUUGGCUGAAAGGGCAGCCUUAGAAUUUGCAAAAGAUCAUGGAUUAAACCUCGUGAGUUUGAUUCCUCCUAUGAUCAUCGGCCCCUACCUUUGUCCUCACUGCCCCGGUUCAGUAUAUACAGCAUUGGCUGUGAUUUUUGGUGAAGAGGAACAAUAUAAGCAUCUUUCUAAAACAUCUUUGGUGCAUAUAGAUGAUGUAGCCAAUGCACACAUCUUCCUUCUGGAAAAUCCUAGUCUGAAAGGGCGGUACAUUUGUUCCCCGCUCGAAGUUACAAUUGAUCAAAUUUGUGAAUUUUUGUCUGCUAAAUACCCAGAAUAUCUGGUUCCUAAAGCGGAUUUGUUAAAGGGAAUUGAAGAGUCCAAGUAUUCUGGCUUGUCUUCAAAGAAACUAUUGGAUUGUGGGUUCAAGUUUAAGUAUGGAUUUGAAGACAUGUUUGAUGGAGCUAUUCGAUGUUGCAAAGAAAGGGGUUUAAUCUAGUAUGUCAUUAUUGUCUUUAAAAAAAAUAAGGAUUAUAGUGUUGUAACAAACUAAAGAUGCAUCUGUAUUUGUGUUUUGUGGAGGGAAAAGAAAAAGAAAUUAAAAAAUAUGAAUGAAAUAAAAACUAUUUUUUUUCACUUU